AGGGGUCUGUCAUCCCCCUCCAUAUCGCCAUGCCCGAUGAAAUAUACCACCACCUCUUGCGUGCCGCGGUGGCAGAAGGCAAUCUGUUUCAAGUGAAGCGGUUUAUCACCCGCAAAAAGCUGCCUCUGCGAUGUCCAGAUCCCCUAAAUGGAUGGCCGAUACUGUUUUAUGCCAUACGGUAUGGACAGAAUGAGAUUGUAUCAUACCUAUUAGAUAGCGGACAUGACGAAAAAGAGAUAUCCAAGGACUUUGCCAACAACACCGCUCUCAUAAUUGCAGCCAACUAUAAAAAUGAAGAAGCUUUUCACGAUUAUCUCGCAAGGUAUCCACACACGAUCAACAUGUCAAACGAUGAAGGCAAGACUGCUUUGAUACUCGCGACCGAACGGGGUCUGAAUGGAGUCGUACAGUCAUUGCUGGACAAGGGCGCGGAUAUCAAUUCAGUCGAUAGCACCGGAUCAGCACCUCUUCACCAUGCUGCCGCCUGGGGGUACUUUGACACGAUAACGCUCUUGAUGGACAAUGGUGCACAAUACAAUGUAAAGAACAAGCGAGGGUGGACGCCAUUUGAUUGGGCUUAUUCAGUGGAGAUCAGAGAUCAUCUACAAGAGUGCGCGACAGCCUUGGCCGAAAAGAAACCCAUCCCUGUUCGAAAUAUCGCCAAAUCUCCUAGCGGUAUCCCCAAAUCACCUUCUUUCACACAACAAUCCAACAAGCUGGAUCUACGAACCUUUUUCUAGAGAACAGUUUGUCACUGUAGCACACCCUGCAACCUUUUUAAGCCUACUUGUACAAAACAAAAUACGACUACGAGACAAUCUUGUUUUUUUUUUUUUUUUCAAAAAAAAAUGUAAAUAAUGUACAGAAUUCUACCGUACCGUGCUUCUAUGGUGGUUGCCAGAAUAUAUAUACAG